AUGGAUAAGCUCCCUUAUUUGCAGGCAGUAGUGAAGGAAAACCUCCGAUUGCACCCUGCAGUUCCAUUACUUCUAGCACGGAAUGCAAUGCACGAUUCUAGCUACAUGGGGUAUCAAAUACCCAAGAAUACACAAGUGCUUGUGAAUGCAUGGGCAAUCGGGAGGGACCCAGAGUCCUGGGACGACCCCUUGUCUUUCAAGCCCGAGAGGUUUCUGGGCAAGAACAUUGACUACAAAGGCAGUGCAGGAAGUUUGUUACCACCACCAAAAGCAAGGGCGAAGACCGGUGAAGAGAAUGUCAUUGAUCCGAACCUGUAA